GAAGGGUUGGUCAGUUUCUUUGCCAAGACUAGAAAGAAAGAAAGAAAGAAAGAUAAUAAUAAUAAUAAUGGGAAGAGGAAGAGUUGAAUUGAAGAGAAUUGAAAACAAAAUUAACAGGCAAGUCACUUUUGCCAAGAGAAGAAAUGGUUUGCUUAAGAAAGCUUAUGAACUCUCAGUUCUUUGUGAUGCUGAACUUGCUCUCAUCAUCUUCUCUAAUCGUGGCAAGCUCUUUGAGUUUUGUAGUGGCUCUAGCAUGACCAAGACGCUCGAGAAAUAUCGAAGAUGUAGUUAUGGUAUAUUGGAUGCUGCCCAUCAAGUAAAUGAGAAUCAUCAGCCAAGCUUUGAUGAUUAUUUGAACCUAAAAGCCACAGUUGAAUUCAUGCAGCAAUCUCAAAGAAACCUUUUGGGAGAAGAUUUAGGUCCAUUGAAUACUAAGGAACUUGAGCAACUUGAACAUCAAUUGGAGACAUCCUUGGAGCGCAUUAGAUCCACAAAGACACAAAGCCUACUUGACCAGCUUGCAGAACUUCAACACAAGGAACAUAUGCUUGUUGAAGAUAAUCGAGGUUUAAGAAAAAAGCUGGAAGAAAGCAGUGCACAACUAGCGGCAGCGGCCGCCGCAUGGGGCUGGGAAGGCGCCGCCGGAGGCCACAGCAUGGAGCAUCCCAGCCGUGUUGCUUCACAAUCAGACGCCUUCUUCCACCCCAUAAUUCAACCCACUCCCACUUUACAAAUGGGGUACAAUUCUGUUGGGUCAAUGGGGUUGAAUAAUGUUGGACCUCCAUCUCAAAAUGCCAAUAACGCAUAUCACUUUGGCUGGAUGAUUUAAGGCUAAACUCAAAAUAAUCAUAGUCUCCUAUCAAAAAAAUAAAAAAAUAAAAAAAAUGAAACUCUUAUAUAUAGCUUUCGAAUAAUUUCGGUUAAUUAAUUUAGUCCCGUGCGCGAUCCCGAUUGAGACGAUAACCUAGUAUAUGAAUUUGAAGCUUGGUCUGUAUUUGAGCUAUCAAUUGCUCAUUACUUAUAUUCUAUAACUUUGUUCUCUAAUGUA